CAAUGGCAAGUGUAGUGUGCAAUAGUAGUAGUAGUACUACUACUACAACGCUCAAAACUCCUUUUACUUCUUUAGGUUCCACUCCUAAGCCCUCUCAACUUUUCCUUCAUGGAAAACGUAACAAAACAUUCAAAGUUUCAUGCAAGGUUAUCAAUAAUAACGGUAACCAAGAUGAAACGAAUUCUGUUGAUCGAAGGAAUGUUCUUCUUGGUUUAGGAGGUCUUUAUGGUGUUGCUAAUGCUAUACCAUUAGCGGCAUCGGCUACUCCUAUUCCAUCCCCUGAUCUCAAAACUUGUGGUAGAGCCACCAUAUCGGAUGGUCCACUUGUACCCUAUUCUUGUUGUCCCCCUCCUAUGCCGACUAACUUUGACACCAUUCCAUAUUACAAGUUCCCUUCUAUGACUAAACUCCGUAUCCGUACCCCUGCUCAUGCUGUAGAUGAGGAGUAUAUCGCGAAGUAUAAUUUGGCCAUAAGUCGAAUGAGGGAUCUUGACAAGACAGAACCGUUAAACCCUCUAGGGUUUAAGCAACAAGCUAAUAUACACUGUGCUUAUUGUAACGGUGCUUAUAUAAUUGGUGGCAAAGAGUUACAAGUUCAUAACUCGUGGCUUUUCUUCCCGUUCCAUCGAUGGUACUUGUACUUUUACGAAAGAAUAUUGGGGAAACUCAUUGAUGAUCCAACUUUCGCUUUACCAUACUGGAAUUGGGAUCAUCCAAAGGGCAUGCGUUUACCUCCCAUGUUCGAUCGUGAAGGUUCUUCCCUCUACGAUGAAAGGCGUAAUCAACAAGUCCGUAAUGGAACGGUUUUGGAUCUUGGUUCAUUUGGGGAUAAAGUUGAAACAACUCAACUCCAGUUGAUGAGCAAUAAUUUAACCCUAAUGUACCGUCAAAUGGUAACUAAUGCUCCAUGUCCUCUCUUGUUCUUCGGUGCGCCUUACGUUCUUGGGAAUAACGUUGAAGCACCGGGAACCAUUGAAACCAUCCCUCAUAUUCCUGUACAUAUUUGGGCUGGUACUGUCCGUGGUUCAAAAUUUCCUAACGGUGAUGUGUCCUACGGUGAGGAUAUGGGUAAUUUCUACUCAGCUGGUUUGGACCCGGUUUUCUAUUGCCAUCACGGCAAUGUGGACCGGAUGUGGAACGAAUGGAAGGCAAUAGGAGGUAAAAGAAGAGAUAUAUCUGAAAAGGAUUGGUUGAACUCCGAGUUCUUUUUCUACGACGAACACAAAAAUCCUUACCGUGUGAAAGUCAGGGACUGUUUGGACACGAAGAAAAUGGGGUAUGAUUACGCACCAAUGCCAACUCCAUGGCGUAAUUUCAAACCAAAAUCAAAGGCGUCCGUAGGGAAAGUGAAUACAAGUACACUCCCCCCAGCAAACGAGGUAUUCCCACUCGCGAAGAUGGAUAAGACUAUUUCAUUUGCUAUCAACAGGCCAGCUUCAUCGCGGACUCAACAAGAGAAAAAUGAACAAGAGGAGAUGUUAACGUUCAAUAACAUAAGAUAUGAUAACAGAGGGUACAUAAGGUUCGAUGUGUUCCUGAACGUGGACAACAAUGUGAACGCGAAUGAGCUUGAUAAGGCAGAGUUCGCGGGGAGUUAUACUAGUUUGCCACAUGUUCACAGAGCUGGCGAGAAUGAUCAUAUCGCGAAGGUUAAUUUCCAGCUGGCGAUAACAGAACUGUUGGAGGACAUUGGUUUGGAAGAUGAAGAUACUAUCGCGGUGACUCUGGUACCAAAGAAAGGCGGUGAAGGUAUCUCCAUUGAGAAUGUGGAGAUCAAGCUUGUGGAUUGUUAAGUCUCAAUUGAAUUUGCUGAGAUUACAAUUAUGAUGGAUGAUGAUAUGU